UUUGCUUUUCUAAACUGUAUAUGUCGACCAAUCUUGCCGCACGUCAGCAUGUAAUUGGGGUGCUAUGCAAUUUAUUUAUAUGUGACACUUAUUCCUUACUGUAUAUAAUGAAAACGAAGCAUUACCAGCAAUUAUUUAACUCUAUAAGUAAACAAGUGAAAGAAUACGGCGUGUUUCACAAUGCGAAAGAGAUUGUCGGAAGUGCCGCGGAGAAAACGCAAAGCAGAUUCUCCAAUGUUCAAAAUAUUGCGAACGAAAAAUAUAAUGUAAUUGUAAAAAAAAUUAACGAUCAGAUUACUAUCACACAAGAUUUAAAUGCUAAAGGAUUGGAACAACCAUUACCUGGAAAAAUUGUGAAAUGGUGGCAGUGGUACAGCCAAUUGACAGGACUAAACGCCGUAGAAGCGGCCAAGAGACAAGUGGUUGUCAUACAGGAUAAGUUGUUUGAGUGUCAGGACAAUAGAAGAACUCUGAAUAAAGAAUUAACAGAUAUUACUCAAAGAUUACAAGAAAUCUAUGGUGAACUAAUUCAGAUAAAACGAGAUGAUCCAAAAUAUGUGAAUUUAACAAUAAUGGAAAACAAACAUCUACAGGAACAAAAAAAGAUCAUUAAUCAGCUUGUUUUAACGGAGAAGGAAGAGAGGGAUUAUUUUGUGCAUUUAGCUACAGCUAUCAAGGAAUAUCAUGAUAGUCAGAAUUUAAAUGCGCAGAAGUACAAGUAUUUAUCUAUCAUUGCAUCGGCCUUAGUAGCAAUUGUAUCAUUAAUGGGAUCAAUGAUACUUAACAAUCAGAGAAUAUCGGAUGUACGAAAUACUAUAAAAAAAACAGAAAAGAAGAAUGAAUACUUUUUUCAAGCGAACACAAAUCAGUUGUCUGAGAUCAAAACCAUGAUUGCUUCAUUUAAUGAUAAAGUGUUACAACAGUCAGUGGAUGCUACUGAAGCAAAGGCAAAUAAAAAAAAAGAUACAUCCGAUUCAUCCAAUGUUCUUAUAACUUCUGCAAAGAAGUCAGCGAAUUUGUUACUUUAUAGUCCUAUUUAUGUUGUAAAGGGAAUUUACGGAUGCGGAUCAUACGUGGUAAAAUUGUUUCACAACUAGACAAACACUUUAUACACAUCAUUAAAUAAUCGUUAUUUGUUGUCUAAUAUAUUAGUGUUAUUGCCUUAUUGCCA